AAAAUGCACUGCAGGGACUGUGCCCUGGUGACAAGCUCGGGACACCUGCUGCGCAGCCGGCAAGGCCCCCAGAUCGACCAGACCGAGUGCGUCAUCCGCAUGAAUGAUGCCCCCACGCGCGGCUACGGGCACGACGUGGGCAAUCGCACUAGCCUGAGGGUCAUCGCACAUUCCAGCAUCCAGAGGAUCCUCAGCAACCGCCACGACCUGCUCAACGUGAGCCAGGGCACCGUGUUCAUCUUCUGGGGCCCCAGCAGCUACAUGCGGCGCGACGGCAAGGGCCAGGUGUACAACAACCUGCAGCUGCUGAGCCAGGUGCUGCCCCGGCUGAAGGCCUUCAUGAUCACCCGCCACAAGAUGCUGCAGUUCGACGAGCUCUUCAAGCGGGAGACCGGCAAAGACAGGAAGAUCUCCAACACCUGGCUCAGCACGGGCUGGUUCACAAUGACGAUUGCGCUGGAGCUCUGUGACAGGAUCAAUGUUUACGGCAUGGUGCCCCCAGACUUCUGCAGGGAUCCCAAUCACCCUUCAGUCCCUUAUCACUAUUAUGAACCCUUUGGACCAGAUGAAUGUACAAUGUACCUCUCCCAUGAGCGAGGGCGGAAGGGUAGUCAUCACCGCUUUAUCACAGAGAAACGAGUCUUUAAGAACUGGGCACGGACAUUCAAUAUCCACUUCUUUCAACCAGACUGGAAACCAGAACCACUUGCUAUGAAUCAUCUUGAGAAUAAACCUGUGUUCUGAGGACUGAGCGUGCCGGACCGGACCCCACGCACCCGCUGUAUCCGACGCCGGGCUGCUGGACUUCCUGAGCCCCCGGACACGGACACGGACACGGACACGGACACGGACACGGAGGAGCAGACUGGCAGGAAACAGCUCCGCUCCUCGAGCUGGACGCGGACGGGACGGACUGCACAGCAGGCGGCGGGCUGACCGGAGAGGCCAGAGCUGGUGUGUUCCGGUGAGAACACUCCUUCAGUGGUGCCCCGGGGCUAAUGACGUUUCCAAUCUCUUUAAGAUUGCCUUCAAAACUGGAACAUGAGCAACUCCACAGUGUUUAUUCGUUGUAUUCCUUUAUAGAAAUGCCAUGUCAAAAGACAUUUUUCUAUCAAGUGCUACCCUGACC